AUGUUCCGGAGUCGUUCCUUUCCCCUGAAGAUAGCUACGGUGCUGCGUGUACUUGCCAAGUAUCAGCUUGUGGACGUGUUUUCGACCAUUAUCUUGACGGGCUUCAUCGAUUUUGUCGGGAUCUCUGCUGAGCCUCUCUUUGCGGCUCGCGCCUAUCAAGCCUAUUCCCUCUUGUCAAUCAUUACUAUACAGUGGCUAUGCUACUGCUAUUCGGAGACGUUGGAGCGAAGCAAGCUGACAGAGUGCUGUAGGCGGGCUCAUCUCGCUCUACGCAGUCCUCUACUUCCACGAGGCAUUCCCGUGAGCGCGAAUAUUACGCUCAAUGGGUGUACCGCACCCAUGGAUUCUUCUUCAGAAGGCCCAACAGCACUUUCUUCCCGAAGGCUGCCAGCCCUUAUCUCUCUUGCCUCGGUGGAGGAUCUGCAGAGCAGUAGAUUCCAUUGUUGCUCCCAGGGUGUUCAGCAGCGGGCCUCCCACUACUCGCACGCUUCAUUACCACACAACUCAUAUCCUAGCGCAGCUAACACAACUGCAGAGUUCUCAGGCUACUUCAGCUCAGCCGACACCCAACCUGCCAACGUUGGGUUCAAGAAAGUACCGGUGGGAAGCGAUGGUGAUGUGGACGCAGUUGAGAAAAGAGAUUCAUGUCGACUUGUCAGGGCUGCAGAUGUGACUACCUCUAUAAUGGCUUUUCCACGUGAUCCGUGUCUAAGAAGUGGGCGAUUUCUCGACGAGUUGCCUCAUGCUCUUCCCCGUAUUCCAGAAGCCGCCGUUCCUGACGAACUCGAACUUCUGUUGGUUAUGAAUGUUUCUUUAGUUCCAGGGAAGCAGAGAGGCUUUGCAGUCGAGACGUCAGUGAUGUCUUUGGGUGAUGUCUUCUGGAAGUUGUAUUCCAUGGGGCACCAGUGGAACGAUUGUAUCAUUAUUGCUGUAUUUCCGUUGUUAGCGGCGCUCGUUUUGUACGUCGCGUCCAUAGGCACGAUGGCAAGUGCAUGUCUUGCGUACUGGGCAGCGCGGGGUUCGGAACAGCUCCCAGCGAGCACAAUGCCAGAACGUGCUUCGCAGACGAGCCCCAGUAGUACAAUGAACAUAGCUCAGAAGGCCAUGCAUGUAAUGAAGGCACUGUCAAACAUUUCGGCAUUCCUUGGAGACAUAGCUAUGCCUGACGUCCAAAGCAUUGCUGUGUUGGCAUGCUACUUCAUUGCCAACAGCAUCGACUUUUUAGGGGCGCGCCUACCAGGAACUCCUCUCGGUCAGCCUAGCUGCACCCCAGAAAGGCUCCUGUGGAAUUUUAGCGGCUUCUGGGCAAUGAUGGCGUUGGGACUUAGCGCUUCGCAGGUUCAGAGUGGCUUACUCGCCAGUGUUGACCAUGCCAAAAGAGAAUUCGAGUAUUACCACGCGGAGCAGGAGGCGCAGGAGCCCGUCAUUUGGCUUAAUACUUCACGGAUGCAUUCGGCUGGCCGUUUCAGUGGCUCUUCUUUUGCCCAUCUGGCUCAGACCGACUGA